AGCAAACAUCAUCCAUCACCUCUGGCACAAUCCGUCUCCAAAACUCGACAAGCUUUUGGAUUUCCUUUAGAGAAUGUGGCUUUGUUAUCUCUUGCUUGCCAUUGUAGCAGUCGAUGGAGAUGUAUUCCAGAAUUCUCAAAAUUUUAAGCUUUCUGGUUCUGGAACAGCGGAGAAAAAUGGAAAAAUCAAUUUAAACCUUCAAAUUCAGAUCGCAGGAACUGGGGAGAGUCCGAUAGGAGGUCUAACGGGGGCGAGUCCGACAACAAGUCCAACGGGAGCCUCGGGAGUUCCGGGAGCAGCUCCAAUUACUGGGGCACCAACAGCAGGAACAGGGGGAAUGUUUACUGAGGAAGAACAAAUGGGUUUAGCAAAGCACAAUGAAUUCCGACAAGUACAUGAAGCUCCUGCUAUGACACUGGACAGAGAUAUGUGUGAUCAGGCGAAACAGUACGCUCAGAAGCUUGUAGAUAUGGGUACUCUACAGCAUUCGUCGAAAGGAGAGAGAGAAGGGCAGGGAGAGAAUCUUUCCAUGGGAUGUUCAUCAAACGCUCCACAAACCGUAGAGGAAGCCGUGACAAAUUGGUACAACGAGGUCUGUGAUCCGGGAUAUAAUUUUGGCAGGGCUUCCUUCUCUGGUGGAACAGGCCAUUUUACACAGGUAGUUUGGAAAGGCAGUACAGUUCUUGGAAUCGGACGGGCAGAGGGUACAAUGCGAGGAAUGAAAUGUGCAUAUAUUGUGGGCAGAUAUAAACCAGCUGGAAACAUGAUGGGGGACUUUGCCCAAAAUGUGGUGAAAGGUUCCUUUGAUAAAGGCAGCUACUGUGCAUCAAUUCCAAGAAAAAAUCGAUGGUUCUUUGACAAGAAUGGGAAAGCAGUGAAGGUGAAUGGAACCAAAGUUCCGACUUUCAAAACGGGACUAGCUGAGAGUCAUGCCCAGCCGGUUGAGUUAUUGAAUAGCAAGAAGAAAACAACUGUUUCGCACAAAAUGUGGUUUUGCUAUAUCUUGCUUGCCAUUGCAGCAGUCGAUGGAGCGUUUACCGACGAAGAACAACAGGGUUUAGCAAAGCACAAUGAAUUCCGACAAGUACACGAGGCUCCUGCUAUGACACUGGACAGACAAAUGUGUGAUGAGGCGAAACAGUACGCUCAGACGCUUGCAGAUAUGGGUAGCCUAGUACAUUCUCCGAGAAGUGACAGAGUUGGACAGGGAGAGAAUCUUGCCAUGGAAUGUUUAUCAAACGGUUCACCAACCAUAGAGGACGCCGUGACAAAUUGGUACAACGAGGUCUGUGAUCCGGGAUACGAUUUUACCAGCCCCUCCUUCUCUGCUGGAACAGGCCACUUUACACAGGUAGUUUGGAAAGGCAGUACAGUUCUCGGAAUCGGACGGGCAGAGGGUACAAUGCGAGGAAUGAAAUGCACAUAUACUGUCGCCAGAUACAGACCAGCUGGAAACAUGAUGGGGGCCUUUGCCCAAAAUGUGGUGGUUGGUUCCUUUGAUAGUGACAGCUACUGUGCAUCAGUUUCAAGUAAAAGACGAAGGUUCUUUGACAAGUAUGGAAAAGCAGUCAAGGUGAAUGGUAUUAAAGCUCCAACCUUUAAAACGGGACCAGCUGAGAGUCGUGCCCGGCAGGUUGAGUUAUUGACAAGCAAGAAGAAAACUGCUUCGCACAAGCACAAUAAAUGA